AUGUCGCAGGUGGCGGGACACCUGUUUGAGGAUGGCAAGGCAGGGUCGCUGAUAGACGACCGCGGCCACUUUUACAAGCCGCUGCAGCGCGGGCCACGCGGCGACCGUGAGCGGGCCUUUUAUGAUGUUGUGGACGCCAUGCUGCACAGCGAGCAGGCGGCGGCGGCCGAGCUGCAGCGCAGCGCACCCGUGCCGGUGCCCAACGGCGGCAGCGUCAAUAGCGCUGUCGACACGGCUGCUUUAGCGGAGGCCGCAUUGCCGUGGCAGCAGCGCCGUCUGCGCCAGCUGUUCCCCUCGUUCAGAGGGAGCCUGAAGGAACGAGGUCCCAUGGCCGUCAUGCAGCGAGAUGAGCUGGGGCUGCUUUCCGGCCGCACCAUGGCAAAGCUGGGCCUAUUGGGCAGUAGUCCCCACCGCAGCUCACCCCCGCAGCAGCAGCAGACAGCAGUGGCCGUAGCGGCAGCUGUGUCGCCUGAGCAGCAGGAGGUGCAGCAGGAGCAGCAGGGUGAGGCAUGGCAGGGCGAGGAGGUGGAGGAGCAGGAGCUUUCGGCGCAGUAUGGGCAGUCUCCCGACAGCGAUUGCUCUGAGCAAACAGGGCAGCAUCUCAUGGAAAACUUCCAUGAAGGCAUGGCUGGCGGCAGCUACGCCAGCCCAGACGCAGGUGUGCAGUUACAGGGCAGCCCCGGCGCGGCAGAUGUGCGUGGUAGCGAGGGGGGCAGCACCCUGGCGGCUGCGUUGCCGCAGCUCUCGCGACCGCCGCCACAGCAGCAGCAAACUUCUCCUGGACCAAGUGUGGAGGCGAGCUGUGAGCACCGCCACAUGAUAGAGAGCCCCAGGGAGGCCUACACGCUGCCGGAGCAUGCCCAGGCGGCGGCGCUGCUGGGCCAGCCAGCAUUUGACCGCGGCCUGAGUGUGGGAUCCAACAGCCGGCCGCCCCGCUCGCCAUUUAUGUCAGGCCUGCUGCACCACAGCCACCCUCCGGGGCCACAGGAGCAGCAGCGGGCUGCAGCAGCAGCAGUGCCGUCAGCAGGCAGUGUCGAUGGGGACAGCGGUGCACUGGCAGCUGCGCUUGCGCGGAUGUCAGGCCUGGGCACUGUCCCCACUGUCAGCAGCGAGGUGCAUUGGCUGCAUGGCGAGGGGCAGGCCACCAGUAGCAGCAGCAACGGCGGCAGCAGCGCCAAUUUUGCCACAUUGCCCUUCUCAGUGCGCAAUGCGCCACUGCUCCACGUCAUCCCCAAGUAUUAUGGCGUGACGCAGCACGAGGAUGCGCGCACACUGCUGGAGCUGGAGGACCUGGCACGCGCCUACCGGCACCCCUGCAUCAUUGACAUCAAAGUCGGCUUCCGCACCUGGUACCCACAGGCCGAUGACAAGUACAUUCAACGCUGCAAGGAGAAGGAUGAGUCCACCACGCAGGCAGCGUUGGGGUUCAAGAUCUGUGGCAUGCAGGUGUUCCGCCACGGUGCUGGCGGCUACUGGCGCGCCAGCAAGCGCUGGUGCAAGACGCUGCCGGUGGAGCUGGUGGACAAGGCGUUGCUUUCCUUUGCACACAAUGAGCACGGACUGCGCCCAGCAGACGUGUAUGGCGGCGCAGCGGGUGCCAUUGUGCAGCUGGAGGCGUUGGAGGCCUGGUUCUCGGUGCAGCGUGACUUCCACUUUUACUCUUCGUCAGUGCUGCUGCUGUACGAGGGCGGUGCCAGAAAUGCCGACCAGGCAGGGGUGCGGGUGCGCAUGGUUGACUUUGCGCACACCUUCCAGGCCGAAGACGGCGGCCGCGACACAAAUUUCCUGGCGGGGCUGCGUGCACUUCUGGCGCGGCUUCGCGCCGUGGUGCGGGCAACGGUGCAGCAGGAUCUGCCUACUGUGUAG